UUAUUAUUUUUAUUACUAUAUAGCGUCAUUGUUUCCCGUAGCGCUGUUAGCUACUAAUCACUUCACAUUGUUACUGGAUUUUACUAAUCAGCAAACGAGACCCAAUUUUAUUACCCAUAAGUGCAUAACUCUAGCCAGUAAUUUAUAAUAGAUAUAAUAAGGAACACUUGGGAUAUAGGAUUCACUCACUUAUUGGAUUUAUAUCACAGUUUGUAUCAGUAUUAGAAUAACAGAAACUAAACACAGGGGAACAAAACAAAUUCUAUAAGUUACAUUGGGGUACAAUGGGGAGAACUGAAUUCAACUUUUCUAGGCAAUUGGUUCUAAUGUUUAUUAUCAACACCAACAAUGUUGUAGUUUUGCCUUUUGUCUUCCUGUAACGUGAUUGGUUAAACUAUUUCUUUUCUAAUUUAGGAAUCAGAACAAUGUUUUCGAAAAUUCAAAAAAGAUUCAUGAACAUCUUUAGGUUCAAGAACGUGGCUUCAACUUGCACCAAUAUUAAAGCUGCAGGUGAAGAAUUCAAGCCACUGAAAGGAAAUGAGCUUCUAAAGGAGAAAAUAAGAGUUCGACAAAACGAAAUUGACGAACUAGCAACGACAGAAACAACUAAUCGUAAACUGAGAAAUGUGCUUCUCAGGGAAACGAUAAAAAAUCAAGAUAAAGAAACUCAGGAGCAAUUACAGAGACAAACAGAACAGAGAUCGAAAGAGAAAGAGCGAUGGAUGUCUCUAGAAAAAGAAGCUCAGGAGGAAAAUAAGAGAGAAAUGAUUAAGCACAAAGAGAGAAAUAUGCUGCUUAAUGAACAACUAAAAGCUCUCCAUAAAGAAACGGAAGUGCAGAUCCAGAGGCAGACAGAACAGAGACGGAAAGAGAAGGAAAGACUGAUAGCUCUGGAGAAAUCAGCUCUGGAGGAAAAUACCAGAGAAAUUAUGAAGCACAAACAAAGGAAUCUGCUUCUUAGUAAAAGCAUGGAAACGGAAAAACAGAAGAAGCUAAAGAAGAUAGAAGAGGAAAGAAGAAUGAAAAAGAAAGCUCGGAAAAAGAUGGCGUCGCCUUACUGUCAGGUUGUUGAAAAACUUGACCUAGCCCUGAAUAUGAAGGAGGUGGACAGCAGGAUGGUGGAAAAGGAGCCACCAUGUAUAGAAGAUUUCCAGCUCCAAUCAUUCCUUGGCGAGGGCUCAUUCGGAAAAGUCUAUAAGGCGCAACACAGAGAGACUGGAAAACUCAUUGCCCUUAAGACUUUAGUGUUGCAUGAAAUGAAUGACAACUAUGUAUUUAAAUGUGUUGCCCUAGAGCAGCGCAUCCUCCGUCUGGGCAGCGAGAGGCAAUGUCUUUUCCUUUCCAGCUUAGUCUGCUCCUUCCAGACUGAGCACUACAUGUGCCUUGGGAUGGAUUAUGCAGAAGGAGGAAAUUUAGAGUCGUACCUGACUGAAGGAGCAUUACCGCUUGAAAGAGUUAGAUUCUAUUCGGCUUGCAUAGUCCUGGGCCUGCAGUUUUUACAUGAGCAUAAUAUCGCUCAUAGAGAUGUAAAACCGGAAAACGUGUUACUGUACGGCGACGGCUAUGCGAAACUCGCAGACUUUGGGCUCUGUCAAGAAGGAAUGGCCUAUGACAGCAUAAACAUGGACAUAUGUGGCACUCUCCCCUUCAUGGCCCCAGAAUUACUCAGGGGCCAUUACUCAAGAUCUGUAGACUGGUGGGCACUGGGAGUGACCAUGUAUAUCCUGCUCACUGGAAAUGAUCCAUUUAGUGGAGCAAAUGCAGAGGAAUUACUUGGAAAUAUAAUAACUGAAGUACCAGAUUUUUCUAUUGAUGUCACUGAGGAUACUAUGUUGAUAAUACUAAAUCUCUUAGAGGAAAAUCCAGGGUAUCGUCUCGGCUCAGGAGAAAAUGGAGCAGAGGAUGUGAAGAACAGUCCUUUCUUUCAGGAAUUAGACUGGGAGGCUCUGGAGAAAAAACAAAUCCAGGCUCCAUUUAUUCCUGAAAAUAGGACAACUGAACAGCGUGAAGGAAGCCUUGAAUUAAAUCCAGUUGUUGAUUCAAAACCACUACAGAAAAAAGUCCAGUGGGGCGUAGAAGAGCUGUUUUAUGCUAGGAGUUCAUCAUCAGGCUUGGAAACAUAAAUAUUUUUAUAUAUCUUUAUAUUUUAUAGAUUUAUAUAAAGGAUAUGUAUAAGUAGAUAUAUAUUAUAAUUAUAUUAUAGUUUAAAGGAAAAACCGGUAAGCAACCACUGGAACAGCUACAGAAACACUGGCUGGCUUGUGUGGAACAUGACCUUCAACGGGAUGGGAUGGGAUGGAUGGAGGUCGUGCCUCACACAACACCGUGAUAGAAUUACUCAGGGGCCAUUACUCAAGAUCUGUAGACUGGUGGGCACUGGGAGUGACCAUGUAUAACCUGCUCACUGGAGAUGUAAGUAUCCAUUUAGAGAAUAAACUAGGCAAUCACUGGCUCCACAAAUCCAAUUUUUUAACUACAUUUUCUCUGCUCGAGUAAAAUGGGAGGCAGAGAAAAGGCCGAUCUUCUGACCGGAAUUCUGCCUGAGCAGAAGUCAAAGGUUCAGCCUUUUUCUCAGCCUGUGUUUCUACCCAGGACGAAAAAUGCCCCAUGUACCACAGGCCUUAGGGUGAUAAUGAUCCUCUCAAAGUAUUUUAGAGACUUUAUUUAAUGUUACCAUUUAACGUAAAGGUUCAUAAAAACCUAGAAAUGGGUCAUUAUCACGCUCAUAACAUGGGGAACCUUGGCAUAUUUGUAUUUACAAUAGGUUUCAAGCAAAUAUCUUCUUGGCUUCUAUAGAAAUUGGACAUUAUUAGUUUUAUCUCUCUUAAAUCACUCAACUUGUGUUUUUUUUUUCAAUAUCCAUUUAGUGGAGCAAAUGCACAGGAAUUACUUGGAAAUAUAAUAACUGAAGUUCCAGAUUUUUCUAUUGAUGUCACUGAGGAUACUAUGUUGAUAAUACUAAAUGUAAGUUCCAAGCUCGAUAUUGUAAUUUCCGCAUGUUGUUAUCUGUAUGGGAAGAGUUCUGCACAGAAGUGAAACCUUUCCAUUAUUACUUACCCCACACUUAUAUUAGUCCUUCCUCUUAUUCUUUAAAAAGUAAAGUACCCACUCGGGCUUCACAAAAUUAUAAGUGUCCCUUUGUCAAUAUUGUAUUGGGUUGAACUGUAAGCUUCUUUUUGUCUGACAACAAUGUGUUUUGCAGCUCUUAGAGGAAAAUCCAGGGUAUCGUCUCGGCUCAGGAGAAAAUGGAGCAGAGGAUGUGAAGAACAGUCCUUUCUUUCAGGGAUUAGACUGGGAGGCUCUGGAGAAAAAACAAAUCCAGGCUCCAUUUAUUCCUGAAAAUAGGACAACUGAACAGCCUGAAGGAAGCCUUGAAUUAAAUCCAGUUGUUGAUUCAAAACCACUACAGAAAAAAGUCCAGUGGGGCCUAGAAGAGCUGUUUUAUGCUAGGAGUUCAUCAUCAGGCUUGGAAACAUAAAUAUUUUUAUAUAUCUUUAUAUUUUAUAGAUUUAUAUAAAGGAUCUGUAUAAGUAGAUAUAUAUUAUAAUUAUAUUAUAGUUUAAAGGAAAAACCGGUAAGCAACCACUGGAACAGCUACAGAAACACUGGCUGGCUUGUGUGGAACAUGACCUUCAACGGGAUGGGAUGGGAUGGAUGGAGGUCGUGCCUCACACAACACCGUGAUAGAAUUACUCAGGGGCCAUUACUCAAGAUCUGUAGACUGGUGGGCACUGGGAGUGACCAUGUAUAACCUGCUCACUGGAGAUGUAAUUAUCCAUUUAGAGAAUAAACUAGGCAAUCACUGGCUCCACAAAUCCAAUUUUUUAACUACAUUUUCUCUGCUCGAGUAAAAUUGGAGGCAGAGAAAAGGCCGAUCUUCUGACUGGGAAUUCUGCCUGAGCAGAAGUCAAAGGUUCAGCCUUUUUCUCAGCCUGUGUUUCUACCCAGGACGAAAAAUGCCCCAUGUACCACAGGCCUUAGGGUGAUAAUGAUCCUCUCAAAGUAUUUUAGAGACUUUAUUUAAUGUUACCAUUUAACGUAAAGGUUCAUAAAAACCUAGAAAUGGGUCAUUAUCACGCUCAUAACAUGGGGAACCUUGGCAUAUUUGUAUUUACAAUAGAUUUCAAGCAAAUAUCUUCUUGGCUUCUAUAGAAAUUGGACAUUAUUAGUUUUAUCUCUCCUAAAUCACUCAACUUGUGUUUUUUUUUUCAAUAUCCAUUUAGUGGAGCAAAUGCACAGGAAUUACUUGGAAAUAUAAUAACUGAAGUUCCAGAUUUUUCUAUUGAUGUCACUGAGGAUACUAUGUUGAUAAUACUAAAUGUAAGUUCCAAGCUCGAUAAUGUAAUUUCCGCAUGUUGUUAUCUGUAUGGGAAGAGUUCUGCACAGAAGUGAAAGCUUUCCAUUAUUACUUACCCCACACUUAUAUUAGUCCUUCCUCUUAUUCUUUAAAAAGUAAAGUACCCACUCGGGCUUCACAAAAUUAUAAGUGUCCCUUUGUCAAUAUUGUAUUGGGUUGAACUGUAAGCUUCUGUCUGUCUGACAACAAUGUGUUUUGCAGCUCUUAGAGGAAAAUCCAGGGUAUCGUCUCGGCUCAGGAGAAAAUGGAGCAGAGGAUGUGAAGUACAGUCCUUUCUUUCAGGUAUGUUGUUCUUGCAUCCUGCAAACCAGAUUCACUUAUUUUUGCUCAUACCUGCUAUAAGCUAAUGAUCGCAACAUGCGCUGAAUAGAUGAAUAAAGUACAUUUUAUUUCUUCUAGGAGGAGUGGAGCAGCCCGAGCCUCAGCUUGAGUUGUAUUGUCGCUAGGAGGAGUGGAGCAGCCGAGCCUCAGCUUGAGUUGUAUUGUCACUAGGAGGAGUGGAGCAGCCCGAGCCUCAGCUUGAGUUGUAAUACAUCUGUAAUACGUUAGUUAAGAGAAGACUGUAAAAGAUGAAAUAAAAAUAACCUUGUAAAUACA